AUGCAGGGCUUCAACAUGGGGCGGUACUACCCGCCCGACGCCUCGAACCCCCCCAGCUUCAACAACUCCUCCCACCCGCUCGGCAAACGCGCCAACAAGAUCACCCAAGGCAUCCUAACCGUCCGCUUCGAACUCCCCUUCGCCGUAUGGUGCAACCACUGCACCCCACCCGCCAUAAUCGGCCAAGGCGUCCGUUUCAACGCCGAAAAGAAGAAAAUAGGAAACUACCACACCACCCCAAUAUGGAGUUUUCGCAUGAAGCACAGCGCGUGCGGCGGGUGGUGGGAGAUCCGAACCGAUCCACAAAACAGCGAAUACGUAGUCGUUGAGGGGGCGCGACGGCGCGACUAUGGAACUACCGUCAAGGACGAUACAGCGGAUGGCGAGCUCAAGUUCCUGACAGAGGAGGAGAGGCAGAAGAGGAGGGACGAUGCUUUUGCGAAUCUAGAAGGGAAAAUGGAGGAUAAAGGGAUUGAGAAGAAGAAUAGAGAGCGCGUGGAGGAGUUGUAUGAUCAAGCGGAGGUUUGGCGGGAUCCGUAUGAUGUCAAUGCGAAGUUGAGGGAAGUGUUCCGUGGGAAGAGGAAGGUGUGGAGGAAGGAGGAUAGGCAUAGGGAGGGGAUGCAGGAGAAGUUUAGUUUGGGGAUGGAUAUUGUGGAUGAGAUCGAGGCGGAUAGGAUGAGGGCUGGGCUUGUGGAGUUUGGCGCUAAGGAUGUGGGUGAGGGGAGGUCGUUGGAGGGGUUAUCGUGGAAGCCGCUGUUUGGGGAGGCGGAGGUGGAGGAUGGGAAGGAUGGAGAGUCGGCUCGUAAGACGAAAAAGCUUAAGGCGGAAGUUGCGAAAGAGAAGUCGAGGCUGGGGUUGCAGCAGACAUUAGUCGGAAAUACGAGGGCGGUGGUUGAUCCUUUCCUCAACAAGGAGGCUUCAGCGACGUCGAAAGUCAAUCUCGGCAUAUUGAAGAGGAAGAGAGACCCUGAGACGAAAGACGCAGCUGCGAUCUCGUCGCCAUCGUGUCAAGAAAAGGAAAAGACGGACACCGCGGUGCCGACGAAGAAGCAGGCCUUGCUUGGGGCGUUGGUGGGAUACGACUCGGAUUGA